AUGUCCCUCCUGCUGCAACUGCUCAUUGCUGCAGGACAAAAUGGCAUUGAAAUGGUAUGCGCUGACUCAAUGAUCUGCCAAGUAUACCUGAUCCUUGCAGCAUAUGUGGUGGAUUUCCCUGAACAAUGCCUGGUUGCAUGUCGCAAGGAGAACUGUUGCCCAAAAUGUCUGGUCACAGCAGAUGAAAGAGGUGAUCCACUGAGUACACCAAUGCGGGACCCUCCAUUGAUAAAAGAGAUAUUGAAGAAGCGACAAGAUGGUCAGCAUCCAGCUGAAUUCAAAGACUAUGGAUUAUGCACUGUCUAUCAUCCUUUUUGGGCUGAUCUUCCACACACAGACAUUUUCCUUGCCUUCACACCUGAUCUCCUACACCAACUCCACAAGGGCAUCUUCAAAGAUCACUUGGUUAAAUGGCGCCUUGAUAUUUACUUCAAAAAAGGAAUCUCGACAGUGAAACAAUGGACAGGUACAGAACACAAGCAGAUGCAGCGUGUUUUUGUAGAGUUGCUUGCUGGUGCAGUACCAAGAAUCAAUUUUGAAUAUUUACCAGUGGAGUAUUUUUCUUAUUAUGCACAGCUUCAAAUACACACAGUUGACACCCUUGAUCAUCUGGAGAGCACCCUUUUGGUAUUUCAUGCCAACAAAGAAAUCUUGCACGAACUCGAAGUUCAAGAUCAUUUCAAUAUCCCUAAAUUACACCAACUCUCGCACUAUGUCCAGUCCAUCUCAUUGUUCGGUACUACCAACGAAGCUUACUGUGCUAGCAAUAAGCGUGAUUAUGAGGAACAAAUGGCUUUGUGGCUUCAAUGCCAGGAAGCAGUGUUUUUAUGUGGUUCCUAUCUCGAAUGGCUGUCAGAUCAGUCGGUGAGCAUGGCCAAUCGCACAGACCACAAGUACAGCAAUGAUUCAGGCUCGGAUUCUGAGAUAGAAGACUUGCAAUCUGGGUCAUGCACUCACAGUGCUACUCCCACCAAAGCAAGUCUAAUACCUCCCAUCGCUGGCCAAUGCAUUGUCCACAUUCUUGCCAAAACUCCUGCACACCCUUGGCAGUCCAUUCACCAGCUUGCCACUGCACAUGGCACAGUCACAUUUCUUCCUGCCCUCAAAUUUUUCCUAGACAAGCAUAUGCUGCACAAUAUCAUCGUUCCCAGAGUGACACCUGAAGUAUCUCCUGGUCCUCGCCAGAAGCCUGGGUCCCCUGCCAAGUUUGACAUGGUCUUGGUGAGCGAUAGUGUUCAGACCUUGAAUCUGCAGGUGUUAGAUGGUAAAUGA